UAUCCGUAUACACAUACAAACAAUAAGUAACAGGCCGGCAUAUAAAUUUAACAUUUGGCAUACGUGAAUCUGUACGAUCUGUGUUAUCGAUGAUGUCUUGAAUGCUUCCACUUUUAGAUCAACACUAGGAAUAAAAAUCGGUACAUUAAAUUUUUAUAUUUUAUUUGUGUACCUGUGUUCCAGUGUAAACAAUUUUUUUUUUAUAAAAAAAUAUAUUAGUAUAAUUUUUCUAAAAAUGAAUUCUCCAGUAAUAAUUUCCGUAGAAAGAAAAAGAACUUCCGGUAAAAUAGAGAUAAACAAAUAUAACAAUCAUCGUUAAGAAACUCAAUAAAUAGAACUAUAAGAGAUCAUCUUUUCUUAAACUAUGUACGGUUUCACGGCGUAUAAAUUGCAUACAGUUACGCCAAAUCCAUGUCGUUCUGCAGCAUUCGAUUCUAACAGAAAAACAUCUACCACCAUUCAUUUUAAUUCAAAAAUUCCAUUAAAUGGUGGAGCUGAUCAUGGUUAUAGAUCAAAAGAAGCUAUCAAAGCUGCAGCCUUGACUUCGGCGUCAACAUGUCAAAGACGCGGUGGACAAAAACACGUGGCGGCGGUUUACGAAAAUGUUUAUUCUCGUGGAUCAUUCCCAAACGAUUGUAGUGUAGAAGACCUUGAAGACUAUUUAAGUUACAGGCGAUACUCAGCAAACGAAUGUAGUUUGGAUGCGGUGCGAAAAGUUGGCGGUACGACGGCCACGGUAACUUUCGACUCGCCUCCAUAUGACAAAAGACUGGCAGAGAGCAUACAUAACUUAAAUCAAAAUUUUCCUGAGAUCACCAUAUAUGACACACCACCGAAUCGAAUUGCCAACAUGACACCAGAUGUCCCAGAUCCACGAGUUCGGUCACCUCCUAAAUUUGGACUAGUAGAUACAGAUGACCCAGCUGAAUGCAUAAGGAAUAUUUUGAAAGCUGCGCGUGACAUGAACCUGGAAACUGUGGCAAAUACAUUAGCCAGUCACGACGAAGAGUUCUUCAAAAACAAUAUAAAUGAUACUGAUUCAACAGGCAGAACAUUGCUCAGCUAUUUGGCUUCUAGUGGUAGUGUAGAUUUAAUUGAAGAACUUUUUAAAGUGCUUGAUCUGGAUUACAAUAAACCAGAUAAUGAGGGAAACACACCAUUACACUUUGCAUCACAAGCGGGUCAUUCAGAGAUCGUCUGUUUGUUGUUGAACAGCUGUCUGCAGCUAGAGAUUGAUGCCCGCAACUGCUUAGGUUUCACGCCGUUAAUGAAGGCUGCCCUUCAGGGACGUACCAAAUGUGCCAAGUUCCUACUUUACGCAGGCGCCUCGCCGACCAUGCGGGACACUGGUCGUGGACUACGAGCUGAACAAUGGGCUAGAUUUUGUGGCCGAUACAACUGUGCAGACGCCAUAGAAAAAUUAGCUCGAAACAGAUUGUUGGAACGAACCACCUCUUAUGGACGUUGGGGUAGUGAUCCCGAAUUAGGGCCUCAUCUGUUAAUUAACGGACGACUAAUGCAGCCACCUUCAAGUCUUCAACGAUCAGGUUCACAGCGUCACUCGAUCAAGUCAAAACUAAAGCGAGCCUUCCGCACAUCCUCCAAUCCGGACUCGACGGCUAACCAGUAUUCCUUGGUGACACAACUAACUGGGGCUGCAUUGUGUGCUAGUAGUCCAGCGUUGCCUGUGAAUACACGUACUAAACCAAUGGUAAAAUCGUUGCUCAGACCACUCACAGUGCCAAAGGUUACUAUAACCGGACUACAGGAUCAACCAAAUGCUCCGGUGACUCCACAAUCACCAGAGACUCGCUGUAAAAAAAAACAUAAGGAUAAAAGGCGAUGAUCGAACUAAAAAUUAGAACACUAUUGUUAUUCCGAGGGAAAAUAUUUUUUUUACUGAGUAUAUGAUUUGUGCUUGGUUUAUACUAUACACAGCAUAUCAAACCUUUCCAGUAUUUUGUAUAAUAAAACAACUUGAACGACACAAAAUCGUAGUAUACAUAGAGAAUAUUAAUUAACUGAAAACAACUUCUUUCUAAACGAGUAAAUGCAACUCCAUGGUAUUCAUUUUAAUGGCGUUCUUUCUUUUUUUAUUUAUCAUAAAGAUUCAAAUAACUAAAUAUGUAUUAUUUGUUUUGAUGAUUUUUAUUGAUUUAUUGAAAACAAAACGAACGUGUUUCAGUGUUCGAGACUAUAUUUAUUACUCUUAUUGAUACUAAUGUAAUAUUUAUUGCUCAAAAUUUGAGUUAAAUUUUGUAAUUUUAGCGUAGUAUUAGGUUUACACUCCCGGGCAUGUUUUCCAUUUAGUUGAAAAUGUAUAAAAACGUAAAGGAAGCGAUUUCGCAUUUUGUCUCUAUUCCAAAAUGUACGCGCAGUUAUGCAUUUAGGUGUUUUUUGUAGGUUCUUUUUCAUUUCCACUUUAAAACUUUUAAAAAGUUUUUAAAAACAAAACAUUAAUUUUUUUUUCAGAAGAAUGAGUUUAUUUAAAUGGUUUUAUCCGGGUAAAAAUGGUUAGACAUUUAUUUGAUAGUCGUCUGGUCGUUAAAAAUAAUAACAAUAAAUAGUUAUUAUUGUUACUUAUAUGUAUUUAUGUAUACAAUAUUUAAAUAAAAAGGCGAUCAUUGUUUGCCUGCUUUUUAUUUACAAUUUUUUUAUUUACUGUUAUUAAAUUUAACCAAAUCUUUUUAAAAGAUAUAAAUGUCUUUUAUUAUAAUUUAUUUUGAAGCGCAAGCUUUUUCGAAAACUAUCGUUGAUUUAGUCUACAUUAAUUAAAUGUCAACCCUUUAUUUAUUUUUAUUUAAAGACUUUACACGUUUUUAAAACAAAUGUAAAUAUUUUUAUAAUUUUUUUUUUUUUUUUUGAGGAAUGAAGUAAAAGAUUAACAGUUCUAUUAUUAAUUAUUACAUUUAUAUUAUUUUGAUAAAUAGCUGAGAUUAAAUAAUAGUUGAUUGAUUUAUUUAUUUCGUUUCAGAUGGUUUCAUCAAAACGGGGAGAAUUUAAUCAAUAAUUGUGGUUUCCUCAGGUUGGGUUUAUUUGAAUAGAGUUUAUAUAUUAAAAUGCGUUUUCAAAUAAGACGAGGUGUUUUAGUUUAUACUCCAUUUAAGUAAAAUAAUAAGUACUUGUGUCUAUACAGUUUUUGCCAGCCACACCAUAAUCCAUUUAUGAAUUAAAUGUAGUCUUGCGCAAUUUCAAAUAUCUAAUAAUAUAAAAUGAAUAAUAAUCUCAAAUAUUUCGUUAAUCACUUUUUAUUUAAGUGUAGGUGAAUAUUUUUAAUUAUAAAUAACGUUUCUCGCGAAACAUAGUUACAAUUAAAAUCUUUUGUAUUAUUAUUUUUAGCCGUUCGAAAAGUAUGAUUAGAGAAUUUGUUAUAUUUUUUAACAAAAACAUUUUUUUAAAGUGUACCUGUAUUUAAUAAUUUAUAAAAACCUGGGUAUAAUUUACAUUUUUUCAUGUUUUUAUUACCAAAAGAUACUGUGGCGUUUUAAAAAAUAAUCCAGAUCAUGACUAAGUGCCAUUUAAAUAAAUUAGGAUUUCAUGUUGUUCUAAUUACUCUUAAUUAUUAUGACAUUUAGUAUUAAUUUAAAGAAAUCCGUCAAUUUUUAUUCAUUAUAAUAACUUUAUAUAAGUUUUGAAGUAAAUUUAUAUUUUUAGCAAUGAAUAACGUUGAACAACUGUUUUUUAUAAAUAAUGCUUUUACGCAGUUAUUGAUUAAAACUUUUGUAUACCCGAUAUUAUUUUUACAUACUAAAUUGACCAUAACUAGUAAAAACAGUAUAUUUUCCAAAUGAAUGCGUAGGCAAAUAUUCAUUUGUUUUAAAUUUAUAAUGAGCUUUUUGUUAUGUGUUGAAUUGGAAACAAACUUUUCAGCUUUCUUGUAUAACUUUUUUGUUAGCUUUAUUUCAUAUAUAAUAUUAAUAUAUUACAUAUAUAAUGUUGUUUUCAUAAUAAAAACAAACGUAUUCUUAUCA